AACUUGCUGCCACUGUGGUCGUCUUUGGACUGGAGCGCCGGGCCACGGUAGGUUGCCUCCUAAAGUCACCUUGGCGCCUCGCGCGUUCUCGCACGGUUUGUCCCUUCCCUCUUGCUGUCGUUGGAAGUUAACGCAUGCGCAGUAGCUGCACUGUCGCCACAUUCCCCGCCUGAGGAAUAGAGCCAGGGCGAGCUCGGCGUUUUCACUUCAGUUCGCAUAAAGCAGUAAGAACGCUAAACACACCGAGACCGAGACAGCGUGACUUCGCGGAGAUAUCGUUUACGAUUUAUUUUUCCGAGGAGGAGUUGUAAAUAAAACCCGAAGCAAAGAAGAGCGUGGCUGUGUCCAUCCAGGAGGAGCUGCUGUUGUGCAGUCUUUUGAGUGUGCUGGGGCCGUGUGGCAGACUUGACCAUUCUUUUACCCUGUAACCAUGGCAACCGAAGACAAGAAACCUGAGACUGAAGCAACUAAAACACAGUCUACGCCUUCUGCGUCUGCCAGUCAGAGCAAGUCUGCUCCUGUGAAGCCCACCUACACGUUGAAGUUCACACUAGCAGGUCACACUAAGGCUGUCUCGUCUGUCAAAUUCAGUCCGAGUGGAGAGUGGCUGGCUAGUUCAUCGGCCGAUAAAUUAAUCAAAAUUUGGGGAGCUUAUGAUGGCAAGUUCGAGAAAACAAUUUCAGGGCACAAGCUUGGAAUUUCAGAUGUUGCUUGGUCCUCUGAUUCGAAUUUACUUGUGUCUGCCUCUGAUGACAAAACUCUAAAAAUCUGGGAUGUUAGCUCGGGCAAAUGUUUGAAGACACUGAAAGGUCACAGUAACUAUGUAUUCUGUUGCAACUUUAAUCCACAGUCCAAUCUCAUUGUAUCUGGUUCCUUUGAUGAAAGCGUCAGGAUAUGGGAUGUGAAAACAGGAAAAUGCCUUAAGACGCUUCCGGCUCACUCUGACCCCGUCUCUGCCGUACAUUUCAAUAGAGAUGGCUCUCUGAUUGUUUCUAGCAGUUAUGAUGGACUUUGUCGAAUCUGGGACACAGCGUCAGGCCAGUGUUUGAAAACUCUUAUUGAUGAUGACAAUCCACCUGUAUCCUUUGUGAAGUUUUCUCCUAAUGGCAAAUACAUUCUGGCUGCGACUUUAGACAACACCCUGAAGCUCUGGGACUACAGCAAAGGAAAGUGUCUGAAAACAUAUACAGGCCAUACAAAUGAAAAAUAUUGUAUAUUCGCAAAUUUUUCUGUCACCGGAGGCAAGUGGAUUGUGUCCGGCUCUGAGGACAACAUGGUGUAUAUUUGGAAUUUGCAGACAAAGGAGAUUGUACAGAAAUUACAGGGACACACAGAUGUUGUGAUUUCUACAGCCUGCCACCCAACAGAAAACAUCAUUGCAUCUGCGGCCCUCGAAAACGACAAAACUAUCAAACUCUGGAAGAGUGACUGUUAAGCAGAGGAGAUUUUUGGACAAGGACUUUUCUUCCCUUUCAUCCCAAAACCUCCUCCCAAGGUGCAGCGCCAGCAAAUGAAGACACUUGUUCAGGAUGGCAGUGCAUUUGAAGCAGUUAGAAAUCAGGCCCGUCAGUGUAUCUGAUGGAAGUGACACCUAUCCCAAAAACUUUUUUUUUUUGUUUUUCUUUUCUUCCUGUUUGUGACCUGAUUAUAAUUAGUCUCUUUGUAUUUGUUGCUCUUUUUAUUUUAUUUUACACCGCCUUAUUUUCUAGAACAAAUCCCUUUUUGGUCCACAUUAAAAUCAUUACCCUAGAUUUCUAGCUCUAGGACUCGGUC